AUGAGAGAUGUUAAUGGUGACGGUGUUCCGCCGAAAAUCGCCACAAGCUCAGAGAAAACCGAAGCCGAAGCGCCGUCAAAAAGAUAUUCGAGGAAAACACGAGAAGAUUCCGACGUAGACACAGAAGCCAAUAGAAAGCACAGAAGUUCGCGGAGGAAAUCACGCGAUAGUUCGGAUUCCGACGGCGAUAAACGAAGCAGGAAGAAGAGGAAAUCGCGUAAGCGAUACAGUAGUGAUUCUGAAUCUGAUUCGGAUUCUGAAGGACGCAGGAAGAAGAGGAAAUCACGUAAGCGAUAUAGUGAUUCUGAAUCUAAUUCGGAUUCCCGUUCAGGUUCGGAUUCUGAGAGUGACAAUUCCGAAGUGUCGGGUUCGGAGACGGAUUAUUCGGAUUCGAAAUCGGAGACGGGGAGUGAGGGAGAGAGGAAGGAGAGGAGGAGGAGGGAGAAGAGGAGGAGAGAGAGGGAGGAAGAGAAGAGGAGGAGGAGAGAGAAGGAGAAGAAGAGGAGGAAGAAGGAGAAAGAAGAGGAGAGAAGGAAGAAAGAGAAACGGAAACUGAAGAAGGAGAAAAAGGAGAGAGGGAAGAAAGGAGCUGUGACUAAUUUAUGGGGAAAGUAUGGUAUUAUUAGAGAAACUGAUAUGUGGAACAAACGUCCAGAGUUCACUGCCUGGUUGGCAGAAGUAAAGCUGGUGAAUAUGGAGCAUCUAUCUAAUUGGGAAGAAAAACAGAUGUUUAAAGAAUUUAUGGAGGAUCACAACACAGCUACCUUCCCUUCCAAAAAGUAUUAUAGUCUUGAUGCUUACUACAGACGUCAAAUGGAAAAAGAGAUGAAAAAGGGUAUUAAAAAGGUUAAGGCAAAAGAACGAACUGUUUUCAAUGAUGAAGAACAGCGCAGACAAGAGUUGUUGCAAGCACGUGAAAAACAUAAGGAAGAGCAAGUAAUAGCUUUGAAGCGCGAAAUGGAAAGUGGAAUGGCACAAGCAAUGAAAGAGCAAGCUCAACUCAGGGAGGAGAUGGCUUACCAGUACAAGCUUGGCAACUUUGAGGCUGCUGCCGCAAUCCAGCGAAGGUUGGACCCUGAUGCUGCCGUGUAG